UUUCCCGGUGGGCGGGUCUGUUUUGUCUCUCGGAGGAGCAUCACAUGGUCCAGCUGCAGCGGACUGAUCUGCAUCUAUGAGAAAUGGAGGUUCAUCAGGACCGUCUGCAGCUUCUCGCAGAGAAGAGAAAGUGGCAAACUGAGCUGGAAAACAAGUGUCGUCAACUGGAGGAUGAAAGGAGAGCUCUGCAACACCUGAAGUCAAAGGCUCUGAGGGAGCGCUGGCUGCUGGAAGGAGCUCCAACCUCUGGCCCAGAUCAGGAUCGGGUACGGAGUCAACUGGCGGAGGACGAGGCUAAGACCAGGAACCUGGAAGAGUCCAUCAGAAGGUUGGAGCAGGAAGUCUUAAGUCUGGAAACUGGAUCUGUCUCUCAGCCUAUAACACACCCUGUUGUGAUGCCAGACCCUGUUCCAGCUGUUGAGGUUAAAGUUCAAAGCAAAAUCCAGCUGGUUGAUUCUAAGCCACCAGCUCAGAUGAUCCAAGACCCCGUAGAGAUCAAAGGUCACAAAAAUCUUCAAAUCAGCCAACCAAGGGAUGCACCGGGAGAGUUUAAAAAAGCAAUGUACUCAGUGGAGAUUAAAGUAGAGCGGGACAAACUGACCGGAGAAACCAGGGUUCUGUCCACUAACACCAAACUUCCUGUUGACCUGUCAGAUCAAGGGGUCAAAGUGUAUGAAGACGAGCAAAAAGUUGUCCAUGAGAUCAACGGAGAAGACAGCCAGCUGCUCACUUCCUCUGACGUUGAAGAGCUCAUCCAUAAAGCUGACGAGGCCUCUUUGAUGUCACCACCUGUCACCAUUAAACCCUCCCUACCAACAGGAAAGGUCCCAAGAGAUGCAGGCCUCACACCAGAACUAGGUUCAAGUCCAAUGUUGAGCCCAGUACCCAGCCGCGUGCCAGGCACCAGUCCUACCCCUGCCCCGCACUCAGCCACAGAGAUCACCGGGCUGGAGACCAAAGAAGGUGGUGAAUCGAGCGUUGCUGAAGCCAGUGCUGAGAACCCAGUCACCAUGGUGUUCAUGGGAUAUCAGGACGUGGAGGAUGAGGACGAGACCAGGAAAGUGCUGGGGCUGCAGGGCACGGUUAAAGCAGAGCUGGUGCUCCUCGAUGACACUAACGGAAAGGUAGAUCCACCUGCUUCUGCUUCUGCAGCCCCCGCUGCCACCCGCCCCACCAGCGCUGACCCUCACACCUCUGCUGCCCCACUCCCUGAUGCCCAACCCAUAUCCACCAAAUCUUCAGAAUCAAUGGUGGCGACAAAUGGGGAGGCGGCGUUAGAGGGAAGUGGGGUAGUGGGGAAGAAAAAGAAGCCAUGUAAAUGCUGCAGCAUCAUGUGACCCAUCCAAAUUUCCCUAAGACUCUUUUAACCAAUUCCACCCAUUUCCCUGCCUUUAACUACAUGACAUCACUUCCUCUUUCCCUCACCAGUUUUAUAUGAUUUUCUACUCUGCGCUCACUCUAACACGCCUCCUGUUUCAAGCUUAGAACACCUAAGUGCAUUAGCAUUGAUAUGUUAGCAUUACCCUCUUAACUGUAUGCUUGAUGUCCAUUUUCUCAUAGAGGAAAUAAACCAAGUUAACAUGAACCUAUGGGAGUUUGUGUAUAUCGGCCUAAGGCUGCAGGUGAAAUGUAGAGGUGUGCUCUUUAAACUAAUCCUCCUGCUUCAGAACCGCGUCCUGUUUGCAGUCUGCUAACGAUCAGGGGCCUCAACUACAAAGGAACCAGUUUUUGUGAAAAUUAGCUUAGAUCCACUGUCACUACAGGCCUCACACACAUUUGAUUUCACUAACUGGCCCCUUUGGCGAGUCCUACUGGCUAUACUGGAAACUGUUUAUGUGAAAAUUACUGAUUACUGAUUCAAAA